CUCAGGUGCCCUGCCUGCCCUGCCUCGCCUGCCCAUGCACCCUGCAUCUGCAUCUGCAUCUGCAUCUGCAAUAAUAUUUCUGUUUGUCUCUUCUUACAGUACUGUAGCAUGCUGCUGCCGCUGCUACCCCUCACUAAGACCUCUUCGGUUUUCCCGCUGGACGACGAUUCGGGAACUGUCACUUGAGGACGCUGCGAUAUCCGUACCUUAGUGUCAACAGGAAAACAGACGAGGCGAGACCGAGACCGAGAACCUCUCUUGAGACGAAACAAGAGCAACUCUGCGCACCGCACCGCACCGCACCGCUCCAUCCACCUCGUCAACCAGCUCCAUUCCAUUCUCUAUCCAUCGUUGAACCCCCACUUGUUGCCCACUGCAGACAGCUUCUACUGUAUGCAUGCAGGGCUAGGCCAUCCCUAGUACUGAAGAGCACAGUGCUCCGACGCUGGCCAUCCACUCGCCGGAGCCACUAGAGCGAGCCUCACCUGCCAACGGAAACGUCACAUGCGGCCUGGAGCUCGUUCGCACUGUCAGUCUGGCGCUCUACUGCACUGCGACACGACCUUCCCUCACCUAACUUACCUUACCUUACCUUACCUUACCUUACCUUACCUUACCUUACCUUACCUUACCCUACCCUACCCUACCCUACCCUACCCUACCCUGGACCCUCAUCCCACCUUCUGACCUCCAAAACUCGGAUUCGACGUCAUAUUGGACUUCCUGAGCUGCUUCUUUAAACUCUGUUUCGCAGUGCUGUCCUGUCCUGUCCUUCCAAUAGUCGAGUCCAGACCAGUGAGCAUGAACACCUGCAUGUGACCUUAUCUGCUACUGGAUUGUUGAAAUACCACUUCUUCCCUCCCCUUCUUUUGCAAGCUCUCGCUCGUUUCCAGCCCCCGCAGGGCUCUGCGGGUGCCAACACCGCACCAUGAAGUUCGGCAAGCAGAUUCAGAAAAGGCAGCUCGAGGUCCCGGAGUAUGCAGCAAGCUUCGUCAACUACAAGGCGCUCAAGAAGCUCAUCAAAAAGCUUUCUGCGACACCCACUCUCCUGGCCCUGAAUGAUGUCCACCGCUCGGCGGGUAUCGUCGAUUCUCAAGCGGCCUUGCAGGCUAACAAAGCAUCUUUCUUCUUUCAACUUGAGCGUGAGUUAGAGAAAGUCAAUGCCUUUUACCUUCAGAAGGAGGCCGAGCUCAAAAUCAGACUUAAGACUCUUUUGGACAAGAAGAAGGUUCUUCAGUCGCGAAAUCAAAAUACAUCUAGACGCUCCGCCAAGUUUACGACCCUUGAGGAAGGCUUCCAACAGUUCGGCAACGAUCUCAACAAGCUUCAGCAGUUCGUCGAAAUCAACGGAACUGCAUUCUCGAAGAUUUUGAAGAAAUGGGACAAAACUUCUAAAUCGAAAACAAAGGAGCUCUACCUUUCGCGCGCCGUCGAGGUUCAACCAUUCUUCAAUGCAACUGUCAUCAGUGAGCUGUCAGAUCAAGCUACUACGAGUUUACAGGAGCUUGGUGCGUGGUCUGAAGGCGAUAAUGUGAGCUUCGAAAGGAGUCCGGACCACAUUGUCAGUAGCCAGCAUCUGUUGGGGACUGACGAGGGUGACGCCGAUACGCUCCUACUCGAGACAGUAAUCUCUGGUAAUAUUGAGCCUCUCAAAGACCUUCUGUUGCGAUUAAAAACUGCCGACCCGAAUGGCUCCCGAGACAUUGCUCUGCUAGAGCGGAUAACUAGGACAUUUCUCGCAGCAAUCAACGAAGGACCAUUGGACUCAUUACAACUUUUGUUGGACACUGGACUGGUCGAUGUGCAAUCCGAAGAUGAUAUCAACGAACGCAACUGCCUCCAUCAAGCAACUAUAUAUGGUAAUGCGUUUGUCUUAGGAGUCGGACUGGAAAAAGGUGUCGCCGUGAACCGAACUGAUGUGUAUGGACGUGUUCCAUUACACUAUGCGUGUAUGCACGGGCGCCUGGAUAUGGUUGAAGCUUUGUUGAAUGCGGAUCAAUCUACCAUCGACCUCAUCGACCACGACAACUUUACGCCACUGAUACACGCCAUCAUCCAUGGACACUUUGAAUGUGCUGAGAGACUCCUGGCACGAUCUGCUAGAAUCGACCCCACAUCUGAUGCAGACCAUGUUCCGCUGAAUCUGGCCUGCGAGCAUGGUUCGGUUGCUAUUGUCGAACUUCUACUCAAGCAUGGCGCCAAUAUUCUCCCAGAUGCCGAAGGUUUAUAUCCACAGCAUCUCGUUGCCCGUUCAGGACAAACACCGCAACUUCUUCUCCUACUAAAGGAGUACGGGGCAAAUCUCAACCAAAUCGACAAGCUGUACUCAUGGACACCUAUUUUCCAUGCCGCAAGCGAAGGCAAUGUACCUUGCAUGCAGACUCUACUUAAUGUCGGCGUUCAAACGACCAUCCUGGAUGAAAAAGAACUCUCCGCUAUGUACUACGCAGCAUGGGAGGGCCAUUUAGAGUGUAUGAGACUCCUCUCUUCGAUACCCACAGAUGUGCGAGGUGGUCGGAAAACAUCACAAACAACUGCCCUUUUGACUGGGAGCAGUGCGCCGGCUCCUAUGAGUCUGGAUGUCGAUGCCAUUCCCGAUCUCGAAUUACCACCCCCCAUCAUCCCACUUCGACGAUAUGGUCACAACUUCCUCGAUACGAAGACCUUCAUUCAAAUCAGUUUUGACGAGAACGGCGAUCAACCGAUGACCUUCUUCCACGACAGCAAAUAUCCUGCAGCCCGUCUCACCAUUUCUUCGAAACUAUCCGAUUUAAUACCGAAGAACAUUUUACUUCCGUUUCAAGAAGAUACCCGCCUCGUUUCCUUCCAAGUUGAUAAUCUAGAUUCUUUUGCCAUCGACUUCGAUGUAUUCCCUACAUAUGGUGCUAAAGUCAUUGCGAAAACGGUGGCACUCCCAAGUACUUUCCGAGCACUGAUGAGCAGUUCCGGCCAUUGCUCUCUACCUCUGUUCGACCCCAGACUAAGAGCCAUCGGACAGAUCACUUUCAACUUCCAAGUGAUUAAACCAUUCCGAGGGAAGCCUUUGGAAAUUACCGACUUCGAAACUUACUGGAAGGCCACCAGCCAGUUUGACCAUAGACCGAGUGCUUUCAUCACUGGGUCUAGUUUGUCAGGGGAUUAUGUCCUGCUAUUUGUGCAGCAUACUUGUGACGGAGUGCCAGUUCUCUGGCCGAGAUGGACCAUGGACUACAUGGACAUCGAGUUUCCGGUCAGCAGGUUGACAUAUGCUCAGUUUAUCAGUGCCAGUUCACGUCACGCAAACAAAGCCGGAGAUCUAUUAGACCUACCAAAUCAGCCACUCGAAAGUAUCGCUGAUGUGCACCGCGUGCUAUCGAAUUCUGCAGUCUCGCUGCAAGAUGCCCUAGCACUUCUACCCUCAGGGAUGCACGUCAAUCUACAGGUGUUGUAUCCAUCCGCGGAAGAAGAGAAGGCAUUGCGACUUGGUCCUACAGUGAACAUCAACACAUUCGGCGACGCAAUUCUAGGAGUCGUGUUUGACCACGCGAGGACAUUGCGAGAGCAAACCCCAGAUGCCACGAGAUCCAUCGUCUUCAGCUCGUUUAACCCUACAGUGUGCACGGCUCUAAACUGGAAGCAACCAAACUACCCAGUCUUCUUGUGUAAUGACUUGGGCCGCGAGGGUGAAUCGGCACCUGCAUCUUCGGUUCUGAGUAGUGGGAGAAGAACAACGUCCAUCAAGGAAGCCGUCAGAAUAGCUCAGAAUAACAAUUUCAUGGGCUUGAUAUGUUCUUCCCGGCUACUGGACAUGGUACCAGCAUUGGUCGAAGCAAUCAAAGCACAAGGUCUCGUACUCGUUAUAGACAAAUCUGCAGAACAACAAGUAGACUUUGGGAUCUUAGAUGAUCCAUUCCCGAGAUUACCAGAAGGUAUUGAUGGAGUUCUGAAAGCGAAUGGUGUGUUGCGGUUCAACGAAAGCAUUGAUAUGUAAGGGGUGGAAUAAGAGAAGAUAAAAGUUUGCUUAGCUUUAUCUUAGAAUAUGCUCGUACAAAGAGCGCUGAAAUCUUGUCUUUGUUGUCGUCCCAACAAGUGUUUGAAAUUAAGCGAGUGAUCAUUGUGAGGGAUGGAUGACUUGGCUACGUGGCGCUGCGAUGAGAUUGGAAACUAACCUAGUACAAUCUAUGUGAGGUGAUUGUUGUUUCAAAGUAGGUAAAUGAUAUUGCUGAUGUGAUUUCACUUCAGGGACAGAAAUGAGGACAAUUUCAACACAGCUCACAUCUGGAGGCAUGCACAAUGGAUCAGCCUUUCUGCUUUGCAAAGACUGAGAAUCCAGAACCACCGUCGCAGUAUCUAGAGGCACGUAUAUGCCAACAUAACAUCAUAUCAUCUUCACAUGUCAGACUCCAUACUCCUCGCAAUACGAGACAUUCCCAUGACUAUCAAAGUCUCUUCUCACGCAACAAUGUUCACCACCCUACGCACCCUUCAACUCAUAUCUUAAACUCCCCAGCUCUCCUUCGGGAUCCACACCCCCCAUAACCCACUUUGCCAACACCGUGACUCCCCAAACACCUGCAGGUAGCCACUCAAACCCCCACCAAAGCCCGCUUCCACUUCCACCCGCCUCCAACCUCCUCCCCACGACACCUCCUAAACCAACAAGCACAACGCACAACCCGCAGUUCAACAAGGGUAAGUACUUCUCGACUGGUCCGCCACCGCCGCCAGCUUGCAACAUUGCUGCUUUCCUUGAGGCGAGACUGCGAGGCGCGGAGGAGGAUGAGGAGGAGCUGUUGAGUUUAUCGAGGUAUUGGAGGCCUGUGAUGUGAGGUGGGAGGAUGUGGAUCAGGUAGGCUGUAGAGAGCAACGAGGUUAUGCUAAGCAGUGAGAGGAGUGCUGUGUGGGGUGUGAAGAGGGUGCGGAUGUAUGGGAGUGUGCUGAGGAGGGAGAUGGCUAGGAGGAGGAGUGAGUAUUGGGCGUUGCGGGUUGCGUUAUCUUGUUGCAUUGUUUGGAUGAGAUGGUCUUGUUCUGUUGAUACAUUAGCAGUUUGAUUAUGAACUCGCGGUGUGCCUUUGCUAUAUUUGCUCUGCUUCGAAUUAUGUGAAGGUAUUGUAAGA